AUCGACCAUCGACCAUCGACCAUCGACCAUCGACCAUCGACCAUCGACCAUCGACCAUCGACCAUCGACCAUCGACCGUUGCACAGCAUGUUCCUGCUUUCAUGCCCGACUGCCCCAGCCGCAUGUGAAAGGCCCGCAGCCUUGUCUGCUGCCCAGGCUCCGAGAAGCUCUUCGCUGUGCCUUGGCCAAGCGCCGGCCUUGCGUCUUCCCCACCGGGGCUCCUCUUGCAGGGCGGAACAAACCGGUUUGGGUCCGUUGAGACUCGGCAUCGUCACCAUCUGUCUGCAUUGGCAUUUUCCGAUCUCGUCCACUUUCGCAGUCACCGGCAUCCACCCUCCCGAUUCCCGCUCUCCGCCCCUCCUUCCUCGCGCUGAAAUUCGCAUCGCAAGCCCAGCUCCCUCACGCCAUCGCUGCUCUCAACUGCCGCCAUGGUAUCGCAUGUCAUCUUUGUCAUUCACGGAAUGGGGCACCAGCUCGAGGGAUAUGGAAAGUUUGAGCAGAAUCUGGGCGAUCUCCGAAAGUCCUGCCAAGAGGUCUUGACCGAGGAGUUUUCGACCAGCGAGGAUGUCGAGUUUGUGCCCAUCGAGUGGCACUCCAAGCUCCAUCAACUCGAGUCUGUCGAUCGUCGCAUCCAAUCCGUGACACUGCCGACCUGCUCGGUCCUGCGCGGCGUCUGCAACGACAUCCUUGCCGAUGUGCUUUACUACUUCACCUGCUUCCACGGCGAGACCAUCUUGGCCAUCGUCACCGAUCUGCUCAACAAGGAAUACGAUGCCUUUCUUCAGAGGACGCCCGGGUUUUCCGGCAGAGUUGGUAUCUUUGCGCACUCUCUCGGCGGUGUCAUCGCUUACGACAUCAUUUCGAACCAGCACCAGUACGAGGACGAGUCUUUGCCCUUGCAGCCAUCGGCCAGCCAGGGUUCUCGAUCGCCCGGCUCUGGGUCGCCCCUCUCGGGCCAGCAGCCCACUGCCUCAUCACGGAGGCUGUCCAAGACUCACUACGACAUCAAGUACCCCCGCUUGCGCUUCCGCCCCAACUUCCUGUUUGCAAUCGGCUCGCCUGUAGCGGCUGUGUUGAUCAUGCGGGGCCAGAGUUUCCACGAUUAUCGCCCGCCCAAGUGGUGCCAGUACCAGAACAUCUUCAAUCUCUACGAUCCGCUUGCUUACAGAAUCGAGCCGUUAGUUUCGCCCUCGUAUGCAUCGAUCUCGCCGGUGCUCCUCCGUCGCCCAUCCGCCUCUGCUCAGAACCAACGCAGCUACUAUCUGCAGUACUAUCGCGAGUUACUGAGCACGUAUUUCACAGGGCUAUUCAACAUGCCCACCAUGCCCACCAUGCCCACCAUGCCCACCAUGCCCGCCAUGCCCGCCAUGCCCACCAUGCCGAAUCUGGCCCAGCUGCCGCCGUUUCCGCCAAUCCCGAAUCUGUCGGACCUGCCUCAGUUCUCGCAGAUGUUCCCACAGGUACUCCCUUUCGCUACAUUUGCAGAGUUCAAGAAAAUGUUUUUUGGCGCUCCUGGAAUCUCGGACAACACCAACGCCAACACCAAUGGCAAGAGGCGCCGCAUUGCCGAUGGCGACCAGCCCCAUGGUGAUUCUUUGGAAUUUGAAAGUGAGAUCAACGUCAGUCAUCCAGCGCAUGGCUCUUCAGGUGCUCACGAGAAGACACCAGGCUUUAUGCGUUCGGUGGGUCCGGAAGCCCCUCCGCCUCGAAAGCUGCGACGGCUCGCACAGGACCAGGCACUCUCGACAGAUCCAACGCCCAGUCUAUCUGCUAAAGGCGACGGUAUCCCUCCAGCGGCCGAUCUUCCCGGACUGAGUUUACCAGGGAACGAUACCGCAGGCUUGGACGACCCGUCAACUUCGGCGAGCCUUGUGGAUACGCUCGCUGGUAUGCUUCAAACCAAUUUUCUCUCAAGACUCUACAGCCCCCUUACAGACGAAGCCAGCGCUGCCCCGGACUCGGACGAUGCAACGACUGGUGAAAGCAAUAACAUCUUCAAAUCCGAAUCGAGCCAGGGCCCAGAGUCCACGGACCGACCGAAAGCCGGCAAACGCAAGCGGGCCAAGUCCACAAACAUCCCUGAUCAGCAACAGCGGGCCGAGAAGGCCGCCGAGGCUGCUAUGGCAGCCUACAGCGCCGAGCUCGAUGCAGCCGCCGAAGAAAUGGAACGUGCUGCCAACAAACUUACGCAGCCUCGACUUUCCCAGCAUCCAUCUCGCAGCCGUGUUUGGGCAGCAAGCGAGACUAACACCGAAACAUCGUCAUCCACAAGUGAAGGUUACCCAGAUGACGACAACGCACCGACUCAGCCGCACAUCGAGGAGCGGAUCGAUUACUUCGUGCAGGAGACAAUCAUCGACAACGUCAUCCAUCAGUACUUUCUGGGGCUCAAGGCACAUUUUUCAUACUGGAGCAACAGAGAUAUUAUGUUCCAUAUAAUCCGAGAAAUGCUUGGUCAUUCGUUUCCCUCUGAGGAUCGCUUGCCCAGUCCCAGUCUGCGCAGCCGCCUCUGAUGCACGCAUGGUUGCGGAUCGUUUGGCUACUGGACUUUGUGGAAAUCGGUCGGAAUCUGUACAGGCGCAUUCCUUUCUCGCUCCAGUGCCGCGGAGCGGAGCUAGACAAUUCGAUCCAACUGGCAUUUCUCUGCCGAAAUGAUUUGAAUACAUCAUGUGGAUCCAAUAACCGUACUUGGGUCGCAUUCCACGGGAUUC